CUAGCGCCGGACUGAAGCAAGCCACUAUGGGGAAAAUCGCGCUGCAGCUCAAAGCUGUGCUGGAGAACGUCACCAGCCUCCGGCCUGUGGGCGAGGACUUCCGGUGGUACCUGAAGAUGAAAUGCGGCAAUUGCGGAGAGAUUUCAGAGAAGUGGCAAUACAUCCGGCUGAUGGACAGUGUGGCACUGAAGGGAGGCCGUGGCAGUGCCUCCAUGAUCCAGAAGUGCAAGCUGUGCGCACGGGAAAAUUCCAUCGAGAUUUUGAGCAGCACCAUCAAAUCUUACAAUGCUGAAGACAGUGAGAAUUUCAAGACGAUAGUAGAGUUUGAGUGCCGGGGCCUUGAGCCAGUUGAUUUCCAGCCCCAGGCCGGGUUUGCUGCUGAGGGUGUGGAGUCAGGGACAGUCUUCAGUGACAUUAAUCUGCAGGAGAAGGACUGGACUGACUAUGAUGAAAAGGCUCAGGAGUCUGUGGGAAUCUAUGAAGUCACACACCAGUUUGUGAAGUGCUGAGUCCUCUUCUUGUACACUUGGUUUUAAGAACUGAAAACAAACAAAGUGCCCCAAAUAACAAGAAUCCACUGAAGGCCGGUCCCGUUGUUGCUUUUCUCCUGGCAGCUGUCUCAAGCCCUCAUAGUCUUGCAUGCUAGGCUCUGUCACAGCUUCCAAAACCCCGCCAAUAAAGCCCCUGUUCGUGCUG